AUGGCCGCCGAUAUACCCAAGGAUGCCAAGGAUCUUGUUCAAGAGGAUAAGGAUGCCCUCGAUCUUCUGGCUUCAGAAGAGAAGGAGUUCGCAAAGGCAAGUACCGAUGCAGAGAUCGACCGAAUCCUCAAGGCGUUCCGGCUCGACGCCUACGCCGUACUGGACCUGAACCCAGGCGUGCCCGAGUCGGACAUCAAGAACACGUACCGCAAGAAGUCGCUGCUUAUUCACCCGGACAAGACGCGGAAUCCCCAGGCGCCCGACGCCUUUGACAGACUCAAGAAGGCGCAGACGGAACUCAUGGACGAGAAGCACCGCGCCCGCCUCGACGAGUCCAUUGCCGACGCCCGCAUGCUGCUCAUUCGCGAGAACAAAUGGACCGUCGACUCCCCCGAGCUCAAGACGCCCGAGUUUGCCGCCCGCUGGCGCAUCAAGACCCGUGAGGUCCUCAUUGACGACGAGCACCGCCGCCGCCGCCAGAUCAAGGCCCAGAUGCAGGAGGAGGGCCGCGAGCAAAAGCGGCAGGAGGAGGAGAUCGACGAGCGCAAGCGCAAGCGCCAGCAUGAGCAGGAUUGGGAGGCCACCAGGGAUCAGAGGAUAGACUCGUGGCGUCAGUUUGCAAAAGGAAAGAGUGGCGGCGGCGGCGGCGAGGAUGGUGGGAAGAAGAAGAAGAAGAAGCUCAAGCCCAUUGGGCAGAAAGAAUGGGCCGCCCGUGGCCACUCGAAGGCUUCAACCCAGACAUGA